UUGGGCCAUCAAUCCAAGCAGCAAUCUUGACCCGGCCAUGAUCGGAGCACAAGCUUUGGUGGCUAUUCCACAAGCCAGUGGAAGCCCAAAAGCCUAUACUUCAAACAUUGUAGACACAAGCACACGGUUGCAAGAAGGAACCAUUAGUUAUCCUGUUUCUGGGUUGUCUGCCACAUAUCAGAAUAACAAGGUUACUAUUUUUGCUACUUUGACCCUUCCAAAUGGAACAACCUCUUUGGUUCAUGUAUGGCAAGAUGGAGUUCUCUCUUCUGAUUCUACUCCUCAAGAACAUAGCCAUGAAUCUUCUCACCAAAACUCUAAGGAAGUCUUGGAUCUUGUUUCUGGUACCUCCCAAGCUGCAAGUGGGAUUGGUUCGCGUCAAAGAAGAAGAAAUACACAUGGAGUACUAAAUGCUAUUAGUUGGGGAAUCUUGAUGCCAACGGGAGCAGUAAUAGCAAGGUAUUUGAAGGUGUUCAAAUCUGCAGACCCUGCUUGGUUCUAUCUUCACAUAACUUGUCAAGUCUCUGCCUACAUAGUUGGAUUAUCUGGUUUUGGUACUGGUCUCAAACUCGGUAGUGAUUCAGAGGGUAUUACAUACGACACUCAUAGAGCACUUGCUAUUGUUCUUGUAACCUUGGCAACUCUUCAAGUGUUUGCUCUAUUUUUGAGGCCAAACAAAGACCAUAAGUUGAGAUUUUACUGGAAUAUCUACCACCACGUUGUAGGGUAUGUUACCAUAAGCAUUAGCAUUGUAAACGUUUUCAAAGGGUUUGAAGCGUUGGGAGAUUUUGUAGGGGAUCGUUACAAGAACUGGAAGCAUGCUUACAUUGGUAUUAUUGGUGCUUUGGGGGGCAUUGCUGUCCUUUUGGAAGCUUACACGUGGAUGGUAUGCAUGAAGAGGAAGAAAGCAGAUAACAAGACUUCAGAUGGUGUUAAUGGAGCAAAUGGCCAUGGUUCUUCUACCCUUUAAGCCAUAGCCAUAGUAAGUAUAGGAAUGAUGUGUAGAAAGAUUACAUUGGAUUUUUUCUGUUAUUUUGUGUCUUUUACUUUUAGACCCCUUUGUAUAUUUUGGGUACUCCAGCUUCUUCUUAAGAGUCUUAGUUUUGACUUUUAGGGGUGUGCUUUUUGUGUGUGUACUAUACAUUGUAUCACUUUCUAUUUCUUCAUAUUUGUAUGUAUUUAUUGUUUAGUUA